UCUGCUUGCUCCUCCCUCAAACAAACGUGUGAUAUUUGACAAAAUCCUUGUGUAAGAAGGUCUUUCAGCAAGUUUGCUAGGGUGGUUUGGUUGGUUCCUUCGAGAAGGGCAAUUUGUCUCCUACAGGAAUGGAUGGGGAAACGACACGGACCGAUACAGACGGCAAGAAGAAAUGUGUCGCGUUAGUUGGCGGUGGUUUGGUUGGUGCUUUGAAUGCCUGUUUCCUUGCAAAGAGAGGUUUUCAGGUGCUGCUGUUUGAAUCCAGAGAAGACAUCAGAAAUGCCAAAGAGGUGCGUGGCAGAAGUAUAAACCUGGCCCUCUCUCAUCGAGGACGCCAGGCCCUGAGCCAUGUUGGCAUGGAGGAGAAGAUUGUGUCCAAAGGCAUCCCUAUGCAUGCUCGCAUGAUCCAUUCCUUGAGUGGGAAGAGGACUCCAAUUCCCUAUGGAAAGAAAGGCCAGUACAUCCUCUCUGUUGAUAGAGCCAACCUCAACAAGGAACUGUUAACAGCGGCCGAGGCUUUUCCCAACACCACUCUGAACUUUGGCCGUAAACUGCAGGACUGGAGCAUAGACACCGGGGCGAUGACUUUUGUUGGACCAGAUGGCACCAAGGAACAGUACCAGGCUGAUCUGAUUGUGGGCUGUGAUGGAGCUUUCUCUGCCAUCCGCAAGCAGUUUCUGCGCCAGAGCCGCUUCAACUUCAGCCAGACCUACAUCCCCCAUGGCUACAUGGAGCUCACAAUACCUCCCAAAGAUGGAGAAUUCGCUAUGGAGACCAACUUCCUCCACAUCUGGCCGAGGAACACCUUCAUGAUGAUUGCCCUUCCAAAUUUAGACAAGACUUUCACCUGCACGCUCUUCAUGCCUUUCGACGAGUUUGAGAAGAUCACCACACCUGACCAGGCCUUGGAGUUCUUCCACACAUACUUCCCCGACUCCAUCCCCCUCAUUGGAGUUGAAGCAAUUAAGAGAGAUUUCUUCCGUCUGCCAGCCCAGGCCAUGGUGUCCAUCAAGUGCUCCCCGUACCACCUGGGCAACAACUGUGUCCUUAUGGGCGACGCCGCCCAUGCCGUGGUCCCUUUCUAUGGGCAGGGAAUGAAUGCAGGCUUUGAGGACUGCCUUGUUUUUGAUGAAAUAAUGGAGCAGUUUAAUGAUGACUUUGACACUGUGCUGCCAGAGUAUACCCGUGUCCGAGUACCCGAUGACCACGCCAUCGCAGACCUCGCUAUGUACAACUAUGUUGAGAUGCGCGCACAUGUGAACUCUAAAUGGUUUCGAUUCCGCAAGCACGUUGACGACCUCCUCCACUUCAUUAUGCCAAAGACAAUCAUCCCUCUCUACACAAUGGUCACAUUUACUAGAACCAGGUACCAUGACGCAGUAAAACGAUGGCAUUGGCAAGACCAGGUGAUCUCCAGAGGGCUGUUGAUCUGUGGCCUGAUUUCAGUGGCUGGGGGGACCUACUUGGUCAUCAAGCAUCCUCCCAAGAGCACCAGUAUCCCCCUGGACCAACUCUGGAGCCGUGUGGCUGCUCUCAAGUGGUUCUAAGAAGCCGGAAACAGUGAGCAGGGGGGAUCUAAAAAAAAGGUGACCUCACAAUCCCCCUGAUGGAUCCAAAGUGACCUACAUUUGCUGUGGGGAUUAAAAGAGGAUGGUUGAUGUGAUGUUGAUUAGAUUAGCGCCUCGAGGGGGCAGCCCUUCGUUGUUUGUGUUGUCGGACUGGUCUCUGCGUAAUUCUAUCGGAGAUAAUUAAACAUCACAGUUCAUUUAUGGAGGCAUUAUUCACACAGGCCCGCUAGGUCAGUGAGCGAUGCUCAUGGACCAGCCCCCAUGGGUCAUCGUGAUUACGCAGCUGCCCAUUAUGACACGCACAGCAAGCCUUCGUCUAAAGCUCAUCCAAUCACCUAUAUCUUGGGUGUAGAGACAGUCUAGCACCACAGUUAACUAUUUAGUUGGUUAUGUUUAUGAACAUUGUUUGACACUAAUAGAAUAAGGACAAAAAAUAUACAGAUCGGGGAUGCGGAAUCUUUAUAAUGUGCUUGAAACUACUAAAGUGCAAUUACUGUUUUGAAAUAAAUUCAUAAUUUUUUGAGAA